UUGCACGUGUGUUGUUCACGCUGGUCUCUUGGCUGCAUUUGCGCUGUUAAAGUUUCGUUAGCUCUUGGUUUGCAUUCGCGUUGUGACUUACUGAACUUUAUCAAGGAUUUUGUGCUAUCUUCUAAAUGGGGAGACCUGGUUUUUCACCAAGAGGUGGCGGCAGAGGGGGGUUUAGAGGAGGAGGAAGAGGGGGCGGCAGAGGCGGAUUUGGUGGCAGAGGUGGAGGUGGGCGUGGUGGAUUUGGCGGAGGUGGGCGUGGCGGAUUUGGUGGCCGAGGCGGGGGUAGAGGAGGACCCCGUGGUCGUGGUGGUCGAGGUGGAGGAGGGUUCAGAGGUGGAAGGUCAACGGUCGUUGAACCUCAUAAGCAUCCAGGGAUAUUCGUAGCUAGAGGAAAAGAUGACGCUUUGUUGACGAAAAAUCUUGUUCCCGGGAACACUGUCUAUGGAGAAAAGAAAGUGGAAGUUGAGAAUGAUGGCAUAAAGAUUGAAUACAGAGCGUGGAAUCCAUAUCGAUCAAAACUUGCUGCAGCAGUUCUAGGAGGAAUCGGCCACAUUCAUAUGAAACCAGGAUGCAAGGUCCUUUAUUUAGGAGCAGCAUCAGGAACAACAGUAUCUCAUGUGUCUGAUAUUGUAGGACCAGAAGGUCUUGUAUAUGCAGUUGAAUUCUCUCACAGAUCGGGUCGAGAUUUAUUGAAUGUUGCAAAGAAACGAACGAAUAUCAUUCCUAUCAUUGAAGACGCCAGACAUCCACACAAGUACAGAAUGCUUGUCGACAUGGUGGACACAAUAUUUGCUGACGUUGCACAACCUGACCAAACAAGAAUCGUAGCGUUGAAUGCCCAUCAUUUUCUAAAGAACGGCGGACAUUUUGUAAUUUCUAUAAAGGCCUCUUGUAUUGACUCUACGGCAAAACCAGAAGCAGUUUUUGCUUCCGAGGUCAAGAAAAUGAAGAUGGAAAAAAUGAAACCGAAAGAACAGCUAACCCUUGAACCCUACGAGAGAGAUCACGCUGUCGUUGUUGGAAUGUAUCGUCCACCAGCGAAAAUGGAAGAAUGAGGGAUUUUGAGACUUUAAAUGAGUUUAACACUGCCAAUCGUGUUCCCAGCUCUUAUGGUGCAUUUAUUAGCCACCGUGACUCGAACUGGGGUCGUGUUUAUCGUGGCUCAAAUUGAGGACGCAUUGAACCAACUGUUAUCAAUACAAUUAUCUAGACUAAAUUUUCAGUCAGGGAUAAUGCGAAAAAUAUACACAUCCUUUUUAUUCCCAUUCACCGUUCCACUCCCAUAUAGCAUGGCACCAAAAGCUAAAUAUUUUUGUCGACCACAUUUUGGGACCUCCAGAAGUAUGUGUACUAAAAUGGCGCACAGCCUGAACAUAGUAUGUGUACCAGGUUGGGGUUCAGGUUGUGCGCCAUCUUGGUGCACAUACUUCGGGAGUGCCGAAUAUUGAAUGUCAGUGUGCCUUUAAUCCCCUUACAUAGCCUCUAUUUUAAAAAGAUCAACUAUUUUGUAUGUGUCAAAGCAAAGUUGUUGAGUUGAUAUCUUUUGUGAAAAAACAUAAGCAAAUCAACAAUUUUGUUGCAAGUUUUUUCUAACAAAUGUGAUGCAUUUGAGGUUUUGAAUGAAAUGGAUUUGCUUGACUGUAGAAGACGAUUUCUAGAUUUCACUGUUGAGCAAAAUAGGAUUCCCAGAACUGAUCGAAUAUUGGAAUGUAAUCGAAAUAAAAAUUGAAUUCUUGAUUGUAGGAACAGUUGGUACUAUUCUGAAUUUGGAAGAAGAUAGUUAAUUUAUUUUGAACCACUGCCAUGGUAAAGAAAAAUUACAAAACACAAGCCAAACUCAAAUGAAAUUAAUAUUAAAUCAGUUCUAAUAUUCGAUUCGUUUUCAACAUCCAAAAGGCUAAAAUAACCCUCUGCCACACUCAAGAAACACAUAUUUUUGCUCUUGAAGUUUUAAUCUAGCAAUGUGGUUUACGUAACUAGAAAUAAAAACACAUUAGGUAUUCUGGAAUCAUCUCUACAGGAGACGAACUUGAAUCAGUUCCUAUAUUCGAUUUGUUAUGGAUAUCCCCUGAAAUGGUCCUCUGUCACACAUAAUAUCGAUACAUCAUGAUUUCUUCUGUACUUGGUAUUUAGUUGGUGUGAAUUUUUAAAUGCUGCUUUUGUAUCAGCAUUUUAUCUUUCUAAUACAAUGAUAAUAAUGGAAAAACAAA